CAUGCCGAGCGCAGGCAGUCAGGGGUAGCCUUCGGCGCAGGCGCAGCGCAGGCGCACGUGGAGCUGGCACUAGAGUCCUCAGUGACCGCGGAGUCGCAGCAAGGAAUCCAUCUGUCACGUGGUCUCCGCAGGGAGCUUCUGCAAAGGGUUUUCAAGAUGGCCGCAGCCCCUCAAGCUCCAAAGAGGGGAUCUAUUCGGAAGACUAGACCUCUGGUUGUAAAGACAUCAUUGAACAACCCGUAUGUCAUUUCCUGGAGCACCUUGGAGAGAGAGGACAUACACUUUAUAUUACAGACCCUCGAAGACAAGUUUAAAUCAAUUGGAUUUCAGAAAAUUGAAGAUAAGAAAAGGAAGAAAACACCUUUUGUAGAAAAGCAAAGAUGUCCCCCAGAUGUUGAGAUUAGUAAGGAUUUGAAGAAGGAGCACGAUGGGAAUCUACAGGUGUCAGGGUGGACGCCAGCUCACGUCAGAAAACAGCUGGUCAUUGGUGUUAAUGAAGUCACCAGAGCUCUGGAGAGGAAUGAACUGCUUCUGGUUCUAGUGUGCAAGUCAGUCAAGCCUGCCAUCAUCACCUCACACAUGAUUCAGCUGAGUAUAAGCAGAACUGUUCCUGCUUGUCAGGUUCCUCAGCUCAGCGAGAGAAUUGCUCCUGUCAUUGGCUUAAAAUGUGUGCUAGCCUUGGGCUUCAGAAAGAACACCAUGGACUUUGCUGAGGAAGUAAGAGCCAUCAUUCCCAGGGUGCCCAGCUUACAUGUGCCAUGGCUUCAAGACAGAACCCAAGAUCCUAGAGACAAUUUAGAGAUUGAAUUAUUGGAAAGCCAGGACAAAGAGAUUUUGGACACUUCAUUUGAUGACCUUACAAAACUUAGUAAGAGAAAGAGUGCUGAAGGUGGGCAGGCUUCAGCUACAAUACUACAACCCCUUAAAAUAAAGAAACUCAUUCCCAACCCUAAUAAGAUAAGGAAACCAUCCAAAAGUAAAAAACCCAUUUCAAAGUAGUUUGUAUGAACUUAUCAUUUCAUGAAAAGAUAUGGUCUAAGGUUUAUAACAAAUAAAGUCAAGUAUGUUUACAUAUA